UUUUUUUUUUUUUUCCCCUUCUUCCCAUGUGACAUUCUAGGGAAAAAUUGAGAAUCUCUAGGGGUUAUGUGGAAUGAAAGUCAGGAACCAACAAGCAAAUACAGAGGAAAAUGAUUUGAAUUCCAUGGAAUUCAGAAGUGGUUUGUUUUGGUAGUACUUGGUGGAAGCUAAAACUAGUUAUAUAUAUAUAUAUAUAUAUGUUGGAAAAGUGGCUAUGAGUUUGAUAAUCCAAUGGGGCGACCUCCAAUGUUAAGAAGAUGAUGGAGGGAUUAUUGGUCAACAAUUGGGUUUCAAGAACAUGUAGAUGUUUGAUCUUGUGCCUCUUCAUUCUUGCUCAAUCAACUUGUGCACAAAAAGAUUUUGUUAGCAUAGCAUGUUGCCGGGAGUCUAAUUAUACAGAUCCUAAUACUACCAUAAGCUGGGAUACAGAUUACCGCUGGUUUCCUGAUAGGAAAAAUUGCCGGAAGAUAAGCAAGGCGUCGACAAACCACACCGGCGACGAUGAAGCUCGAAUAUUCGACAUAGAUUAUUCAUGGAAAAGAUGUUACAGCCUAGACACAACAAGGGGUGAAGAGUACUUGAUAAGGGGUACAUUUUUAUACUAUGAAAACAUAUUGCUAUAUGAGACAUCAUUUUCAGUUUCGGUCGGUGUCACAAACAUUAGCCAAGUGAAUUCUGCCGAGGACUUUGAGGUUGAGGGGAUUUUUAGAGCCACUAAGGAGAGCAUAGACUUCUGCUUGGUCAAGACUGAAGGAGAUCCUUAUAUCUCACGCCUUGUGUUGAGGCCUUUAAAAGGUUUAGAGUAUUUACAAGACUUCUCUUCUUCUAGUGUUCUGAAAGUGGUCAGAAGAAUUAAUUUGGGAGCCAAGGAUGGGGACAUCAUUAAGUACCCAACUGAUCCAAGUGACAGAAUUUGGAAACCAUUAACAAGUUCUGGCACAGCAAAUACUACUAUACAAGGCUCUAAUGUCAAAAUCUCCAACUACACUGGCAAAGUGAGAGCACCAUUACAAGUUCUACAAACAGCCUUAUCUGAUCAAAACCGCUUGGAGAUUCUCCACAAUGAUCUGGACAAAGGAAAUCACCAGUACCGUCUGACCCUCUACUUUCUUGAACUGAAUACGACAGUUUAUUCUGGCCAAAGGGUGUUUGAUAUAUACGUGAACAAUCAGAGAAUGAAGUCGUCGUUUGAUAUAAAGGGUGGUGGGUCCAACUAUAAGGAGGUUCGUCACGAUGUAAGAGCAAAUGGGUUUCUUAAUUUAACACUGGUGAAGGCCUCUGGGUCUUCUUUGGGGCCCAUUUGCAAUGCUUAUGAGAUCUUACAGGUGUUCCCAUGGGCCCAAGAGACUAGCCCAAGUGAUGUGAACGGUAUUUUGGAGGUCAAGCGUGAGCUGUUGGCUUGUAAUGAGGAGAAUAAGGUUUUGGAGAGUUGGACUGGAGAUCCAUGUUUUCCAUUUUCCUGGGAAGGCCUGUCUUGUGAGUCCAUUAAUGGUUCAACUGUCAUAGCCAAACUGAGCCUUCCUUCAAUGAAUCUUAAAGGGCCAAUUCCUCCAAGUAUUACCAAGUUGACCAACUUAAUUACCCUGAAUCUGAGCUCCAAUGGCUUCACUGGCGAAAUUCCAGCCUUCCCUUCUUCCUCCAUGUUGAGAUCAGUGGAUCUAAGGAACAAUGAUCUUAGGGGGCCACUUCCAGGAUCUCUUGCAAUGAUGCAACAUUUGGAAAUAUUAUAUGUUGGCUGCAACCCUGUUGCCAAAGAGGAUCCAUCUAGCUUCAAUAGCUCAAAACUUGACACAAGCUCUGGAACAUGCAACCCAGGACCAGCUUCUUCGAAACGAAGAAUCAUCAUAGGCUCUGUGGCAUGUGGAUCUUUACUAUUGACUCUGGCGGCUGGAGCUUUCGUCCUUUGCUUUUACAGACAAAAAUUGAUGCCUCAAGGAAUAUUCAAUGGCAAAGGAUUUAAAGGACCUCCGAUGUCAAAGAAAAAUGGAGGUUUAAUAUUCUCAAUACCAAUAGUAGAAGAAUUUGUUGUGAAGUCAAUAACCAUACAGACAUUUACCCUGGCCAACAUAGAAGCUGCCACCCAAAAUUACAAUACUUUGAUAGGCGAAGGUGGCUUUGGUUCCGUUUAUCGUGGCACUCUGCCAGACGGUCAAGAAGUUGCGGUGAAGGCCCGAUCGGCAACGUCAACUCAGGGGACUCGAGAAUUCGAAAACGAGUUAAAUCUUCUUUCCACUAUACGCCAUGAGAAUUUGGUGCCUCUACUUGGUUAUUGUAGUGAAAAUGAGCAACAAAUUCUUGUUUAUCCAUUCAUGUCCAAUGGCUCGCUACAAGAUCGCCUCUAUGGAGAAGCAGCAAAAAGAAAAAGGCUGGACUGGCCAACCAGACUGUCCAUUGCUCUUGGUGCUGCUCGAGGAUUGACUCAUCUUCACACAUAUGCCGGGCGUUGUGUUAUACAUAGGGAUGUGAAAUCGAGCAACAUACUUCUAGAUCAAAGCAUGACAGCCAAGGUUGCCGAUUUCGGCUUCUCAAAAUAUGCUCCUCAAGAAGGUGACAGUGGCGCUUCUUUGGAAGUAAGGGGAACUGCGGGAUAUUUGGACCCAGAAUACUACACAACCCACCACUUAUCUGACAAAAGCGACGUCUUUAGCUUCGGCGUGGUGCUACUUGAAAUUAUAAGCGGCAGGGAGCCUCUCAAUAUUCGCAGGCCACGGAACGAGUGGAGCUUAGUUGAAUGGGCUAAACAACACGCAAGGGAGACAAACAUAGAUGAAAUUGUGGAUCCAAGCAUAAAGGGAGGUUACCAUGCGGAGGCAAUGUGGAGAGUGGUGGAGAUGGCAUUGCUAUGCAUUGAGCCCUUCUCUGUUUAUAGACCAUCCAUGGCCGACAUUGUACGCGAAUUAGAGGAUUCUCUAAUCAUAGAGAACAAUGCAUCAGAAUACAUGAGGUCAAUAGAGAGCUCAGGAUCCAUAGUAUUGGACAGGAAAAUUGUUAUACCAUCCUCCACUCCCACAGAGGCUUCACCUGUUUUGACUCAACCCUUGCCUCCUCCAGAGCCAAGAUAAUAUAAUUAUAACCAAUGAGUUUUGUCAAUGAUAAGAUUUUUGUCCCAUCAUUACACUUUGAAU